AUGUCUCAAGUCAUCCUCUACGACCUUCCGAGCAAACCACCAUGUAAAUCAUGGUCCUACAACCCGUGGAAGACUCGCCUGGUUUUGAACUUCAAGGGUAUUGACUACAAGACUGAAUGGGUUGAAUAUCCUGAUCUGGUGCCCACGCUUAAGGCUCUCGGCCUUCCGCCCAAUGACCCGACCAGCCCUGGCUACUUUUCGGAUUACACUAGCCCCGCGAUCCGUUAUGAAGACGGGACGUAUUCGAUGGAUUCGCGCAAGAUUGCGGACGAACUCGAGAAGCGUCAUCCGACACCUUCGCUCCACUUGGACAAUCCCAUUAUCCAGCAGGUUGUAGACGUUCUUCCCAAAAUUUUUGAACCUCUUCGACCCCACCUAAUCCCCAAGGUCCCGCGGGUGCUGCUGAACAAGUCUUCGGCCGACUACUUCGUGCUAACGCGGGAGGAGCGUUUGGGUAUGCCAUUGUCGCAAGUGGAGGCCGAGAAAGCCAAUGAGCAGUGUUGGGAAGCAGCAAACCAGCCGGCCAAGGAGAUGGCGGAUCUCCUCAAGAAGAACGGAGGGCCGUAUUUCCUCGGACAGACGGUGUCGUACGCCGAUUUCAUCUUCGUGUCGAUGUUGCACUUCUUGAAGCGCAUAGACGAGAAGAUAUACAAACGGUUCAUUGAGUUGGACCCCUCGUUUAGCCGAGUCUACGACGCCUCGAAGCAGUGGUUGGAGAAGGAUGAUUAG